GUGAGUUCUCUCAACAUAUAAAUACUCUCCGCUGAAGCUAAGUUAGCGAGGUAGCUCAUGGGUUCAACGUUACGUCGUUGUCUCCGUGUUUACAGUUAGCUACUCAUAAACAUGUCCAUAUUUCAGUUAAACUUGCUGCCAGCUUUCUGCUGGUGUGUGUGAACAUGAGUGUCGCAGGGAAAACGCGGUGUGUGUGCUGUCAGUGUCAGUGUUGUGUACAGAGCUCUCCUUUUUACUGAUUUCCGCUCGUUAGCAUCACCGUCCAGCAGCGAUGUACGAGGAGGGGGACGAGGCGCAGGACGACUGCGGCUCCCGGGAGGAGUGGACGCUGCUCUUCUGGACCUCUCUGGCCGUCAUCGUCCCGGUCAUCAUCACGCUGUGGUGCAGCGCCCAGCGCUCCAAGCGGAAAACGCACAUGAAGGAUUUCUUUCGCAAGAGCAAGCACGGCUGGCACUAUACGGACCUGUUCAACAAACCCACCUACUGCUGUGUGUGUUCCCAGCACAUCCUGCAGGGAGCUUUCUGCGACUGCUGCGGGGUGUGUGCCGACGAGCAGUGCCUGCGCCGGGCCGACCGCAGCCUGCCGUGCAAGGAGAUCAUGGCCCCCUCCGACUGCGAUGGAGCCAUGGAACACCGCUGGGUCCGCGGAAAUGUCCCCCUCGCUAGUUACUGUGCAGUGUGCAAACAGCAGUGUGGAACUCAGCCGAAGCUCUGCGACUUCAGGUGUGUGUGGUGUCAGACCACUGUGCACGACGACUGCAUGGACAGCCUGGUGGAUGCAGACCAGUGUGACCUGGGCGAGUUUCACAGCCUCAUCAUUCCUCCUCACUACCUCUACCGUGUCAACAAGCUCCGCCGCAGGCACCCAGACGAGUACAGCAAGCUGGCGUCGUCCUGCGGCAGCGGCUGGACUCCAGUGUUGGUCUUGGCUAACACACGUAGUGGUAACAACAUGGGGGAGGCUCUGCUGGGAGAAUUUCGCACCCUCCUCAACCCAGUGCAGGUGUUUGACCUGUCUGAGUUGACUCCUUCCAAAGCCCUCCAGCUGUGCACCCUCCUGCCCCCUGGCAGCGUCCGGGUGCUGGUAUGUGGAGGUGACGGCACAGUGGGAUGGGUGCUGGAUGCCAUUGAUACUAUGAAGCUAAAGGGCCAAGACCAGUUUAUCCCAAGGGUGACUAUCCUGCCCCUAGGAACAGGAAAUGAUCUCUCCAACACUUUGGGCUGGGGUGCUGGGUAUGCUGGAGAGAUCCCUGUGGAACAAGUUCUCCGCAACAUCCUCGAUGCUGAGGUGGUCAAAAUGGACAGAUGGAAAGUGCAGGUGGCUUCAAAAGGCCUCUACUUUCGUAAACCAAAGGUUCUGUCCAUGAACAACUACUUCUCUGUGGGGCCCGAUGCUCUGAUGGCGCUGAACUUCCACACGCACCGUGAGAAAACGCCCUCCUUCUUCUCCAGCCGCAUCAUCAACAAGGCGGUAUAUUUCCUGUAUGGCACCAAAGAUUGUUUAGUGCAGGAAUGUAAGGAUUUGGAUAAGAGGAUUGAGUUGGAGCUGGAUGGAGAGAGGGUGGCGCUGCCCAGUCUGGAGGGUAUCAUAGUUUGUAACAUUGGCUACUGGGGAGGAGGCUGUAGACUGUGGGAGGGUAUGGGGGAUGAGCCCUGCCCCCCCACACGACUGGAUGAUGGCCUGCUGGAGGUGGUGGGUGUGUUUGGCUCCUUCCACUGUGCACAGAUCCAGGUCAAGCUGGCCAAUCCUGUACGGCUGGGACAGGCCCACACUGUCCGGCUGGUUCUCAAGAGCUCCAAGAUGCCCAUGCAGGUAGAUGGGGAGCCGUGGGCCCAGGGCCCCUGCACCAUCACAAUCACCCACAAGACCCAGGCCCUCAUGCUGUAUCACAGCGCGGAGCAGACGGAUGACGACGACGAAUCCAGUGCCUCUGAAACAGAGAGCCCCACCCCUCAAGACUCACCCAGGCCCCCGGGGCCAGCCUCCGCUCGUGCAUGACCUGCCCCAAACAUCAUGUGACCUGAAGCUCUUGUUAACUUAGGUUUCUGUCUUCAUUCUUCAGCAUUCGUUUCUAUUAAUUUGUCAUUUAUAGUGUCACUUAGUCGUCCUCCUCUAAGGUCUUUGAGCACAUGUUGUCCUCAAAUCCAUGUUGGUGAGAAUAGAUGUUAGAAUUUUCAUUUUUCAUUUCUGAUUGCAGGGGUUAAAAAGGUUAGUUUGUAAUUGGGCUGGUGUGAGUUGUUUUUUGGUCUUUUACCUUCACACUCCAUAUAUUGUAACCCAGAGCUCAGGCAGUUCCGCCUCGACAGGUGGGACAGUCAGGUGGAGGUGAAUGUUAUGGAGAAAGAUUGCUGUUUAUUUGCACUGAUCCCUUGUGCCAUAGAUAUUAUUACUAUAGUCAAUUAUACUGUGUUUGUUAUACUGUAUUUACAGUCAAAUACCCAGUGCAGCCCAGCAGUUAUCAGUGAGCCAUUUUUUAACAAGUUGCCCAGGUUCAAUAGACAAACCCCCCUCAAAGCCAUGUCCAUGCUGACACUGUAACACAGGAGAGAGCAGUACUGUUGUGUUGAGUGUAAAGUGGACGUUUUGUCAGACUUUUGUCCAUUAAUGAAAUUUUAUCACACAAAAAGCACAAGCAACACACAGUAAAUGCAUUUUCUGCGAGCAGACUUCAGAGGGUGAUGUGUGAAAAGUUGAACUGUGCAAAAAUAUCAGUUAAAUUCCACUUUCAGGCUCAUCUUUGUAGAUAGUUUUUUAGUGUCUCCUACGUUUGUCACCCAAACUAAGGUUUUGAAAUGAGUGUGCAGUUCAAAUGGUCUCUGAUUCUGCUGUUAAUCACUGGACAUUGAUGUUGGUUGUUUACUUCAUGAUGCACUGUCUUAAAUAGCUUGUCAAACUGCUGGGUUGUAAGAUUCUAGAUUUAACUUUCCUGAGAGCCACAGGAAACAGGCUGGUGUGUUGAGGAUUAUUUUGAAAGUACUGCCAUUUAACUGUUGUGGAUCCAUUUUGCCUACACGUCAGACCUUUUCUUCUUCUUUCCUCCUUUUUUUCCUCUUUGCAGAGUUUACACCAUAUUUUGUGUUGCACUGUUUUGGCACUUACACUGAUGAAUACCUUACACUGCUUAGAGCGUUGGUAACAUACAUGAAACCCUAAUGUUGACCUUUAAUGUUACUGCUGAUAGUGACUACUGCUGAGAUUAUGCUGUGUGUGUUGUUAUUUUACAUUAUUCAAGAGGCACUCUUUCAUUUCAUCAUUUGUGUUUUACCAAAUAGUCACCACAAGGUGGUGGACUAAAGAUAGUGUUUUUAGGAGAGAGACAGGGUUGGGCUAGGAGUUGGUCUAACAUCAACAGUUCAGUAUUGCUGUCACUUUCAUAUACUUUUCUGUAUUUGUUCAUGUGACUUUGAUCCAUCUGUUUAGUUGUGUGUGUUUCAUCUUUCCUGUGUUGCACAUAAUGUGUGCAAGAAGUCAUGUGUGUUAAUAUUAGUAAACCAGCUUUCAUGUAGGGAAAUUCAUUUUGCCAUUUGAGGUGGUCCUGUUUAAUGCAGAAUGCCUGUUGCUCACAGCCAUAUGAGAAAGUCUGUAGAAUGUUAGUUUAUGUUUCCUAAUGAACCUGGAGCCAACUUGUUGCUCAUAAGGCUGAACAAGGAUCAGUUUUUAGCCGUGUGAUGCCUAUGUUUUUGGAAUAUGCACUUCCUUGCCAUGUAACCAAGGCUGAUGGUUUCAUCACCCUGUUUGUUUGGUGAGUGUCUUGCUCAAGCACACCUGUUUGAUCUUUUACCUUAUCAUCCUUAUUUACCAGACUUGUUUGUGUGUUAUACUGUGUUGCACUGAAUUUGCGUAAAUGAAACGGGGGGUUAUUGGCAGGUUUUUAGCCACGCCAGCAACAUGUGCUUAGUUCAACACACUGUUUUAGAGUGUCCUAUCUCGCUGCAGGACUGAUUCUGUUGAUCCUUUGAAUGUUUCAUUUAGAGUAUUUUGUUUUAUUUAACUUUUUAUUUUUGCUUAUAAAACACUUCAGUUCAUGACAUAAUACUCAUCUAAAACUGCAACUCCAAAACUACAGACCAAAUUUCUGCCUCAGAUGUAGUUUGAGAUUAAUGCUUAGAUAGCAUUCUAACAUGCUAAAUAUUAUUAUAAACACUCUUAAUGUACACAUGACAGCAACAUGCUAACUGCCUAGCUUGCAGCUCAGGUAAACGUAGCCUUUACAGCCUAUACAGCUUAAAACAGCACUAAUAUCAGACAACUGUAUGCUAUAUGCCCACCACAAAUGAUGUAGAUCCAGAGUAGUGGGUGGUUGGCUAGUGGCUGGCUGUGUGCUAGCUCAGAGAGAUGUUAGAGACUCAAACAAAGCUAAAAAGAGAGCAAAUCUUAAACAUUUGUCACAUUGACUUCAAAUUAAUGGCAGUAUUGCUCCACGUCUGCUGUUAGUGUAAAAGCUUUGUUCUCUGUUUGCUAACAUAUUUGGCAUAUCAACCUUAUGGGGCAGUAAUAUGUAAAAUGAGUGUAUGGAGUUAUGCUCCAUAGAAGCCAAAGCAAAAACUUGAUGAACACAGCUUUGAACUGACGAAAGUUGACAUGUACCACUGUGCCUGACAAGUGAAAAACGUAGGUGAUAACCCUUUUGAUUUACAUAGAACAUGGCCUUUUCUCUGGCACCUCCAUCAGUUAUUCUUUGCUCCAGUCAUGAUAAGGAUUUGACAAGUCUCUUAAACCAUCGAACAGAUCUGUUGUCUGGUGUGUAAUAACUACACUGAGGGUUGCUAGUGUGGCUAAUUACGUUUGCUUAUUUUUAUUGUGAGGGGUGGAGGUAUGGCGAUGAUGGUGUUGGUGGUUGUUUUGAAUGCUCCUAAUCCAUAGCUGUCAGUUUAUUAUUAUUUAUUAAACCUUGGCCGAUAUAAAACUGUAUUUUUAUAGAUACAAUUUGGCAAGAGGGAGUGAAGUUGUGUCAUAUAUAUAUAUAUAUAUGACAGAUCAUUAGCACUGUGCUUCUGCAUUCAAAGUUCAGCUGAUCCUGACAUUUCACCAUGUUGUGUGUCCUAUAAUGCUUUCAUUAUUAUUAAUAUAUAUUUGAAUAUACUUUGCUGUCAAAUAUCUGUAAAAACAAGAGAACCCUAAAAGGUGAUAAGAAUGUGCCGAAAACAAGAUAAUUUCAUUUUGACUAUGACAUGGUCCCUAACAAGACGCCUUCUGUGGCCACUGCUUAACACAAAGAAAAUACAGAGAAACUGUAUCGGGGAGAAAAUUGGUAACAAUCAUGUAAAACAUAGCUGUUUACAAAAAUGGUAGUAAAGGCAGUUUGGUGAAUUUGCUACUACAGGUGACACAAACGUUUUGAUGGAACUGAAUGUAAUUAAGCGAUCUUUUGAAGUUGAAGACAUUCCCAUAAAUAUUUUCAUAUAUACGA